GGCGAUAGUUACCAAACAGGCACUAAGUUUAGCGGUUCUUUAGAAAGUUAGCCUGACCUCCGCGCCCUUUCGGCAUUGAAUUCGAUGAGUCGAUUGGAUCAGGCUCGUACGUGAAGCCAAGCAAGCGCCAUCAAACGUGCUUCAUGCUCCACUCUCCCUGCACCAAACUCAUCUCCCGAGCCCGUCUCCCGCUCGAAUCCAACUUCGCCAACCGCCGCCUUUUCCUUUCACUCCCUUCCCGCCCCUCCUCCCCUGCCGCCGCCCACGAUGAACUCCUCGAUCUCUUCGAUCACCUCCUCCGACGGUGCCGCUCGGCCGAGCACCCGGACCGCGUCCACGCGCGCGUCGUCGUCGCCGGGGCCUCUGGCUCCGCGUUCUUGGCGGCUCGGCUGGUGUCGGUCUACGCCCGGUUCGGGCUUCUCGGCGAUGCCCGCAAGGUGUUCGACGGAACGCCCCCGGAGUGUAAGUCGAAUUUGCUCUUGUGGAACUCGAUCUUGAGAGGUUAUACGUCUAACGGGUGUUAUGGAGAAGCUCUGGAGCUGUAUGUUGAGAUGAGAAAGCUCGGAGUUUUGGGUGACGGGUUCACUUUCCCUUUGGUGACGAGAGGUUGUGCCGAAGCGGGGAGCUCGAUCUUGUGCAGGAAUGUUCAUUGCCACGCUUUGCAAAUGGGGUUGCACCGUAAUUUGCAUGUGGUGAAUGGGUUGAUGGGUAUGUACGCGAAGCUUGGUCAAAUGGGCAUCGUGCUCCAGCUGUUUGAUAGAAUGGGUACUAGGAGCUGUAUUUCGUGGAACACGAUGAUCUCGGGCUUUGCAUCGAAAUGUGACUGUGAUGGGGCUCUUGAGAUGUUUCGGCGCAUGGAGUCUGAUGGGGUGGAGCCAAAUGUGGUCACGUGGACAUCGUUAUUGUCAAGUCAUGCCAGAAGCGGCCGCCAUGUCGAAACUGUGGAGUUAUUUGGUUCGAUGAGAAUGAGAGGAAUUGGUCCCAGUGCUGAAGUACUAGCUGUGGUUUUGUCUGUUUGUUCUAAUAUGGUCGCACUCCAUAUGGUUAAAGCAAUUCAUGGACUUGUUAUAAAGGAUGGUUUUGAAGCUUAUUUGAUUGUGGAGAAUUCAUUAGUACGUGCAUAUGGGAAGCAAAGACAAUUAAAAGAUGCUAGUCAAUUGUUCUUUGAAAUGGAAUCCAAGAACAUAGUCAGUUGGAAUGCACUAAUUACAUCGUAUGCAGAGUCUGGAUUAUGCGACGAGGCCUUUGAAAUAUUCUCCCAGCUCCAAAAAUCCGAUGGUUGUUCAUUGGCAAGGCCCAAUGUAAUAAGUUGGAGUGCCAUCAUCGAUGCAUUUGCUUCUGCAGGGAGAGGGAGAGAAUCUUUGGAACUCUAUAGACAAAUGCAGCUUGCCAAAAUUGCUGGCAAUGCCAUAACAGUCGCUAGUGUCUUAUCAGUUUGUGCAGAGUUGUCAGCACUCAACCAUGGUCGGGAAGUCCACGGCCAUGUAAUUCGGGCUUUGAUGAGUGAUAACCUCCUGGUGGCAAACAGCUUGAUCACAAUGUACAUGAGAUGUGGAUGCCUUAAUGAGGGGAGCCUGGUGUUCAAGAAACUUGUUGUGAAGGACUUAAUCUCCUGGAACUCAAUGAUUGCAGGGUGUGGAAUGCACGGUUUAGGAAAAGAUGCAGUGAGAUAUUUUGAUGGAAUGAUCGAAACUGGAAUUGAGCCAGAUGAGGUCACUUUUAUUGCUGUUCUUUCUGCUUGUAGUCAUGCAGGGCUUGUUGUUGAGGGUCGUAAGCUUUAUGAUCGAAUGACUAAAGAGUUUGGAAUUGAGCCACAGAUGGAACAUUAUGCAUGUCUAGUUGAUAUGUUGAGCCGAUCUGGUUCCUUGCAGGAAGCUACAGAGAUAGUAAAAGCCAUGCCAUUGACACCAAAUGUUCAUGUUUGGGGAGCUCUUCUUAAUGCUUGUAGGAUGUAUAGAGACACAGAUUUUGCGGAGGCAACAGCCUCACACGUUUUCAGUCAGAAUUUGGACACUACUGGAAGCUAUAUGCUUCUCUCUAACAUUUAUGCUGCAAAUGGCCGGUGGGAUGAUUCUGCAAGACUGCGGAUUUCUGCCCAGGAGAAGGGUUUGAAGAAAGUCCCAGGCCAGAGUUGGAUUGAGUUGAGUAAUAAGUUCUAUAUGUUUUCGUCGGGGAGGGCCUUGCAGUUGGGUAUGGAGGAUGUUUAUGGUGUUCUUAAAGAAUUGACACUUCAAAUGGAAACUGAAGACAUUACACCUGCGAUAUCAUUAAAGACAGGUAGCUGACAAUGAUUAAUUAGUCUCUGUUCUUGGAAUUUGCUAAUUUUUUCACCCACAUGGCCAAUAGAUUAUUGGAAUUCUCUGGAGUCUUUACAGAUUUAGCUGGAAGAUGACAUAGAGAGGUUUCAAUAACUAAACUCAGAAUUCUACUCGUCGUUUAGAUGCUUCUCAUGACCUGCAGUGAUUAGUUUGUGGAUAGUUUUCUCUGUACCAGGCCAACUGUGCAUACUGCUUUGGUCACGCUUAAUGUCACUGUCAUGGACCCUUCAAAUCUAAUUGAAAGUUUCAGCCAUAUUUCUA